GUUGCUUACGACUAGGCAGCUCACUGUUUAAACCAAAAUUAUCAAAAUUCUAGUGCUCUGAGAGAUGCUUCCUGUCCCAGAAUUUGUAAAGAAAAUGCUUACGGUGAUCCAGUAUGUGGCAGUGACGGUGUCAUAUAUCCUAACAUAUGUGAAAUGAGGAAGAAAACAUGUGGCAAAGGAGUAACAUUGACCGAAGAUCACACUCUAUGCCUGAGGUCAUCAGGCUCCAAAUGUGAACACCGAUGUGGUAGCGAAAAAGACCCUGUAUGUGGCACUGACGGACGAACAUACCUCAACAGGUGUAUGCUGCAAGUAGAAGUCUGCAGGUUAGGAAUAGACCUUUCCCACGUAGGUCCAUGCAACAAUAUAAGCGCUCAUAGAGAAAAUUGUCCUGUAGAUUGUGAACAAGCUCCAAGGGAUGGACCAGUUUGCGGCAGUGAUGGAAAUGUAUACAAAAGUACCUGCCAUAUGAAGCUGCUAACGUGUGGGCAGGGUGUAGUAAGAACCAACAAGAAAUACUGUCAAACCACCAGACAUUGCCGAGAAUCUUGCUGGAGGAACGCAAAGCCAGCAUGUGGUUCAGACGGAAAAGUAUACGCCAACGUUUGUAGAAUGAAGUCCAAAAACUGUGGAAAGCAUGUGUUCGAAGUUCCAAUGGCCUACUGUGCUAGUCAAGAAAGAACAUCGCACGGAAGUACCUGUCCAACAGGAUGUAAAAGUGAACCUGAGAAGCCCACUUGUGGAUCUGACGGAUAUAUCUACAGAAGCGAGUGCGAACUGAAACUGUUGAACUGUGGAUCUAACAGAAGAGUGUCGAAGGUAGAUUACGAUAAAUGCAGAAACCGACUAGCUAAAUGUUUGAAAAUCAAAUGCAGCAACGAUCCAGAUCCAGUUUGUGGAACAGAUGCCAGAACGUACACUAAUCAGUGCCAGCUGAAUUUAGCCACGUGUUUGAAAGGGGUACAAUUCGCACAUGUAGGAAACUGUACUAAGCUAAAAGAACAAGAACCAUGUCCAACGGACUGUGAUAAUGAAACUGGAGAUCAACCAGUGUGUGGUUCAGAUGGCAAUGUAUACAAAUCAAACUGCCAUUUAAAAAAAGAAACCUGUGGACAACUAGUGAUUCAAGUACCAUUACAUCACUGCAGAACAACCGCACUGUGUCAACAAGAUUGUGCAGAAGACAGAAACUUUGUCUGUGGUUCUGACAACAAAAUUUACAAGAAUGAGUGUGAGAUGAAAAGGACGAACUGUGGAAAACACAUCUACGUGGUACCAAUGAAAAGAUGUAUAGCAGGAUUCCAGUUCAAAGGUUGCGCAAAGUUCUGCCCAACAUACUACGAUCCUGUAUGUGGGACUGACAAUAUGACGUAUAGCAACUCCUGCUUCUUAGAGAUGGAGAGCUGUAGAAGCAGAUCAUUGGUAGCUUUGAAGCACAUGGGCACAUGUGCGGAACCAGUCAAUGAGAUUCCUAAGAACUACUUGUAUUAGGACAUCUACUAAUAGGAGUUGAAUGAAAUAUUUUAGGGAAAGCGUUAGAUUCUCUUCAAAACUGCCCUGUAUAUAUUUUCAUUGGUUGUCAGCAGAAGGUUGUAGCUGAUGAUUUGAUUAAAAAAUGGGAGCUAAACUACUUGCCGGUUAGGAAGAAAUACAUGAUGAACGCAACAAAUAUAACUAUCAAUGACUGUCUUCACUUUCUACAGGGUUACUAGUAAUUGGCCAUAUUACAUCCAGGGGGUGAUAGGGGACUCAAAAUGCAACAAAUUUUACUAUAUAAAUGAAUGGACAAAAUUCAGUAGAUCUCUAAGUUUUUCAAUUUCUGUGAUUUUUUUGCUAUCACCCGAAAUUCUAUUGGUUUUUGGCAAUAAAAUGAAAUGCUGAACGAAAAAUAUAAUUGUUCGCUUUCAGCUUUCCCUAACGCAAAAUUGUGUAUAGCUGUAAACACUGGUAGUACAUGGAGCGUAGACAUAGAAAAACUUGCGCUUUCAGAAAAGGCAUAGAGUACCAACGUGAAAGCUUUUAGUUCCUGACAAACGGCCAAUCAAACCAAUUUAGGUCGGAUAACAGUCCAUAAUCUAAAUGAUAUCGUUCGUAAGUAAUUGAUUUAUAAAAAAUCGUGCCCAGGGGGAGCUUCUGAGUUACGAAUACGGAUCUGCAUCCACUUUGAAGUUCCUGUUAUUGUUACUUUUGUGAUUACGGGGGACAUCAGUUGUUUUGCUUUAUUUACUAUGAGCUGCUAGAGGAAUUGUUCAAGUAUAACGCAUUUCCUGAAGCCUGAGCAGUUUCUGUGUUAUGUAUUUUCGACAUGUACCUCCUUAGUAACCCCUAAAAAGGUGGAAAACUCAACGAUCGGGAAAGCGAUGUCAAUAAUCUCGUUGUGCCUCAACAGCGACUCUACAAAACCCUAAAAGACGCUAUCACCAUAUUCGAAUCAUUGAACAUUACGGAAUUUCCUGCAUCUAAGGAGCUAUUGAGAUGCUACAUAUCGUGAACAUGUGACAUGGAAAGUUGUUAGACUUCUGAGAGAUAGUUAUACUAGAUCGAUUUUUUUAGCUAAUAGCAAAUGAGGCGAAAUAUCUCGAGACCCCUUUCACCAAAAGGUGACAAUACCAGGAGUAUAAAGUAAAGCAGGGGAAAGAGCCUCAUAUUAAGCAGAAUCUUUGAAAAAUUGCUACACUCGUUUGGAAAAUAUCAAUGAGGUGAUUGACUGUUGUUUGACCUAAAUCUGUUUGUUUGACAGUUUGUUAGGAAUUAAACGCGUUCAUACUGAUAUUCAAUACUUUUUUGGAAAACUGCUUAUAACGGCCAGCGUUCUUAGUAAUUUGUAUGCUCAAUGUACUAUCGAUGUUUAGAACCAGACACAGUUCUGGUCUACGAAAAGAUGAAAACGAAAGUUCUUUUAUUUUUUGGAAUUGGUGUUAUCUUAAUGUGUAUAGUAUUUUUGAAUUUUUUAUGGUUGUAUUAGCCUAAUUCAAAUAUGAACGACAAAAAUUGAUCGAAUUCACACGCAUCUAUUAUAUGUUUUUUUUAUUAUUUAGACUCGGCUGAUUGUUAAGAAAUCACAAGAAUUUCGAAAACCAUUGAUUUUUGACCAUACGGGGAAAUGAAUUGAAUUUUAUAUCUCUGACCAUGCCCUGGAGGGCAAAUUACCAGUAACCCUGCACAAAAUACAUUCAAUAAUUCAGCAUCAAUACUUUGUUGGAAUGAUGAUCAUUGAUGUAUGUGUAGUAAAGUAAAGGUAAGUUAAUGAAGUUCGUUGUUGAUUGCCGAAUUUACAGUAGUACUAGUAUUAAUAUUUAUUCAAUUUGUCAAACAUAAACAUAUAAAUGAGUCUGAGAUCUGAGUAUUAAAUCACGUAGUAAAAAUGUAUAUGUAGUAAAACUACUUGUACCCAAGAGAAUCAGCCAAGUAUACGAAAUAGUGUCUUUAUAAUAUACAACGUAAGAGAUACAUUUUUUAUGACAAUACGUAUAUCAUACAGUAAAAAAUGCCAUUUUCCUAUAUAUACACCAGUUGGAACUGAGAUAUUCAAAUAAAGUUAGAGUUAAUUCUUGCUCACCCUUAAGGUCAAAUACGUAUUAUAAUACUUGCCCUAUUUUGGAAGCAUUAGCAGUUCUACUAGAUCAGUAGUUCUGAUGGUAUUUGACCGCAACCAAAAUUAUUCGAAAUGGUGAGUUGGUGAAUUGUCAAUUUUGAGAUGAUCAUCCGUCAUAUUACACAUAAAAAGAUAUCUUUUUCAAAAAGUCUGGUAAUCUCUCAAUUUAACCGCGAGAAAUUUCCUUUGGGUACAUAAAAUAUGGUAGAUGUAGUCAUAGAUGUAUUAUUCAUCUAAACAUGUUUUUUAUCUUUCAUAAUACUGUGCCAAUGUAAGCAAAUCAAUCUUUUUGUUUUUAUAUUCGCUGAGAGUAUAAAUGUUAGAAAUCUGAGUGAUUUUUUACGUUUCUUUUCUAUCAAUGAUACAGAUGCGCUGUGUUUUAUCAUUAAGUAUUACUAUUAAACGUAAGCGGUG